UCCCUCUCAUCUGGUGGACGGACUUGCUUCUCCAGCUCGGUUAGCACUAGAUGCUGUUAACUGCGCCAACGUUCUACUGUUCUGAACACCUAGUAAAGAGCAAGGUAACUGCUAGUUAUCGUUAACCACCGAGCAGCCGCUAUGGACUCGUGGCUCCGCUUCUCGGCGCAGAGUCAAAGCAAAGAGCGACUCUUCAGGGCAGCUCAGUACGCCUGCACUCUGCUGGGCUACACGCUCCAGAAGGGCGGCGCAGCAGCCGAACUCAGGAAAACCGUCAGUCAGCUGGAGGCACACAUGAGUCUGACGAGGAAGUUGAUGCGUCUGGGAAACUCGGUGGAGGCACUCGAAGCCGCCAAGAGAGCCAUACACCUGUCCGACAGUGUGCUGAGGCUAUGCCUGACCAUCAGCCACCUCAACAGAGCCAUGUACUUCGCCUGCGACAACGUCCUGUGGGCUGGAAAAACUGGCCUCAUCUCCAAACUGGACCAGCACAAGUGGAGCCAGAGGUCUUUUAGGUAUUACCUCUUCGCUCUCAUCCUCAACCUGACUCGCGACGUUUACGAGCUGCGACUCCUCAUGGAGUCAGAAGCGCGUUACAGAGCCACCAAAUCCUCGCCCAGCACCACCCAGCCCGAAGAGCAACUGAUCACUCCCGCCACUCCGGUCAACGCGGCGCUGCCCUUCGUGUCAUUAUGGCUCCGCAGACAGCUGCACCUGCUGGUGACGGUGUUGUACAGCAACCCGCCGCUGCUCCUGGACCUGCUGAAGAACAGCUGCGAUAUCUUCAUCCCACUGGACCGGCUGGGGAUUUACCCCACGGGGUCGGGCUUUGUCGGCGCCUGUGGCCUGGCCUCCUCUGUCCUGUCCAUCCUGACCAUGAUUCAUCCCUGGCUCAAACUCAAGCCAUGAAUCCCAGACACUGAGUGGAGACGGACAGUGGAGCCACAGAGACUGAUCAUCAGGCUGUGAAGUAAAGGUUUGUGAUAUGGAAGCAGGACAUCUGAAUACUUCAGGUAACAUUGACGAGUGACACUGGCGUUUCUUUGAUUUACACCGCACAGCUCAUCACUGAGCAUCAGCAGCAGCUCUGCUCACUGUCAUCCCAUCAUAACACAUCAUUGUCUCCCAGACGUUCAGAGAGACACAGAGGGAAACAUAAAUAGACUGUUUUUUUGAAGUGUGGUUGUAUAAACGAGUCUGACACAUAGUCAGCACUAAGAAGAUGAGCACUUUUAACCACUUUAAAUACCUUGAAAAUAUGUUGAACCUUUCAUCUUUUCUGACUGGAAACUGAAGCCACUAACUCACGUCUGUUGAAAGCAGAGCUCCUGCUAAAAUAAACACAAACAAAGGGAUUUCCAAACACCUAUUUGAACAGCAGUGGAUUAAUUACUCCUGCAUGAUGUGAUGUAAAAAAUAGAUGAUUUCUCUAUGCCAUUUUGUUUGUAAUGUGAAACAAACUUAAAUUUUCAUUCAGAAAAGGCUGUCAAAUGCAAGAAAAGUAAAUAUUUUCUUGGCUACAGGAAUGUGAAAUUGGUAACAUGCAUGACUUAAGUCAGUGUUGACUGUAUUUCAUACAACCACACUUUAAAUACCUGAAUUAUCCCUUUAACAACAAUCGUCUUUUCCAUCUACAGACAUUAAGAAUAGUCGCUGCUUACGACGCACCUCUUCAUAAUCUCGCUGAUUUCCUUAUACCCUUGUGUGAUAUUUAACCAAACAAAAUGGCUGCCAUGAUAUUGGACAUUGUUCUUCAGUCGUGGUGUCACCUGCGUCUGUACGACCGAUCUGAUUUCACUGUUACUGGCAAACCUUCUGCUAACAACUUAAAGUGUGCAAGUACUUGUCCAUCUCUGUUGGGACAUGUCCAGUCCAACACUCACAGACAUCAGCAUGUAGAGUUAAGUCAGCUGACUGCUCUUCAGUCUUAUCAUACUAGUCUUUAGUUGAGACAGCGUCGUGUCUCGCAUGUUACAACUCUUUUAAAGUUUUGAGAAUAAACCUAAAGAGGAUAGUUCAGGGUUAUUUUGUGGUUGUAUAAGGUACCAAAAUAAAGCUCGACUUUGCCUCCUCUGUGUGCUUAGACACAUUCAGGAGAAGUGAGGACAGGUAAGGACAAUAGAAAAAUAUCAGUAAGUUCAAAUUUGUAAAAUUGUGACCAACAGGCCAGAAGCUUCCUUGUCUCUGAAAGCCAAAAACACAUAUUUUGUCUAUUAAAUUUGGAGUGGGAGGUUUACAAAGUGAAUCAAACCUUAGUUCUUUUUAAUGGGAAAGGCUGUUAAACUGUAAGAAACAUAUCCUUUAAGCUAUUGUAGACUUAAUGACAUACAUUUUUCAAGAUUCAUCUAUUUAAGUAGCAGUCAAUUGUAUAUAACACCAUGUAUACAGUUUCCUAUAUAACCACACUUAAAAAAUCCUGAACUAUCCCUUUAACAUUAAGGUGUUUCAGGUACAAACAUGUGUAAUAUAUUCUUAAUUAACAAAUUGAGAUUUUCUAAGCUGCAGUGUGAACUACUGUGAUCUACAAAGACAAUAAAAUGCACUAAAAACUAA